AUGAGAGGUUAUUUCUAUGAGGAGAGAGAAAUGGCCUCAAGGAGGGAGCAACAGAUUGAGGAAGAUUUAGCCAAUGGGCAAUGGGCUGGUAUUGUAUUACCAUUGCUAUGGGCUUUUGCACCAUCUACGGCCCUAUACCUUUUUCCUGUAUCUAAUAUGAUCAGUGUCGAAGUUAUAUCAACUAUUGGUGUUAUAUAUUAUGCAUUCCUAAGUGGUUUGGAGGUGAACUUGAAUACCAUUUUACAUGUUAAAAAGAAAGCUGCAACUAUUGCAAUUUCUGGGAUAAUUUUUCCAAUGGUGAUGGGACCAGCUUUAUACCUUCUACAUCGAAAAUUUUAUGGCAAGGGUGAUGGAUCUAAUCUUGAAGAAAGUACAAUAAAUGUUUAUAUAUUAUGGACUUUAGUUCUUACUGUGACAGGUUUUCCAGUUGUAGUCCACACCCUGUCUGAGCUUAAACUUCUCUAUACUGGUCUUGGGAAGGUUGCAUUAACAUCAGCCAUGAUCAGUGACACAUAUGCUUGGAUUUUAUUCGUAUUAUUUGUUCCAUUUUCAGUUAAUGGUACAGAGGCAAUAUACACGACGUUAAGCACUGCAAUAUUUAUAUUCAUUUCCAUCUUUGUGGUGCAUCCUAUCAUUGUAAAGGUCAUUGAUCGCAAGACAGAAAGAGAUGAAUGGGAUGCUAACCAACUAGUUUUUGUCUUUAUGGGCCUUAUGGUUUUCUCAUUCAUAGCCGAUACUCUUGGCACACAUGAUGUUGUUGGGGCUUUUUUAUACGGGUUGAUUUUACCUCACGGUAAAUUUGCUGACAUGGUCGUGUCAAUGACUAAUGAUUUUGGUAUUGGCUUUCUUGCACCGAUCUACUUUUGUGGCAAUGGAUCAAAACUCAUGGUGAAAACCAUUUUCUUUCAGCCAAAUUGUGCCUAUACACUUAUCAUUAUACUCUUGUUGUGUGUUCCAAAGAUUUUAAGCACUUUGUUUGCCACUUUCUUCUUUGGCAUGCGUGCUCAAGAUGGUUUUGCUCUAGGCUUGCUUCUCAAUACCAAGGGUGUCGUUGCACUGAUAAUGCUCAAUAUUUCCUGGGAUAGAUCGAUUCUUUCUCCACCAACAUAUGCUGUUUUAACCUCUGCAGUUCUUCUAAUGACUAUAGUGGUGGCUCCUGUCAUCAAUGCCAUAUACAAGCCCAGAAAGAGAUUUGAGAAUAAUAAGCUAAAGACUAUACAAAAGCUUAGACUUGAUGCAGAGCUUAGGAUUCUAGCAUGUGUUCACAAUACUCGUCAGGCCGUAGGAGUUAUUAGCCUCAUUGAAUAUUUCAAUGCCACUAGAAUUUCCCCUAUACAUGUUUUUGGCCUUUACCUUGUUGAAAUCGUUGGACGUGUUGGUGCCCUUGUUGCUUCUCAUAUGGAAAAAUCUAGUGGCCAAUCUGGAACACAAAAUCUUACACAAUCCCAGCUAGAGUUAGAAAGCAUUACCAAUACCUUUGAAGCAUUCAAAGAGGCAUAUGAUGCUAUUAGAGUCCAAACACUAAAUGUUGUGUCAAACUAUGCAACCAUUCACGAAGAUAUAUACAACUCGGCUAAUGAAAAAUGUACAAGUUUGAUUCUCCUUCCAUUCCACAAACAACUAAGUUCAGAAGGUGCACUCGAAACAACUAAUACUGCAUACAAAGAUAUAAACUUGAAUGUGAUGCAAAGUGCACCUUGCUCUGUGGGAAUAUUUGUGGACCGUGAUCUUGGGUCAUUACCAACUUUAAAUUUUCGUAUUUGUAUGAUCUUUGUUGGUGGUCCUGAUGAUCGCGAAGCCUUAGCUGUUGCAUGGAGAAUGGCAGGACGCAUAGGAACCCAAUUAUCAGUGGUUCGGAUGCUCCUGUUUGAUAAUGCUGAAAUAGUAGACACCUCAAGUCAUGCUGAACCACAAGGGAUACUAUCUAUUGUAAUGGAUAGUGAGAAGCAGAAGGAGUUAGAUGAUGAGUAUGUGAAUGGAUUUAGAUUGACAGCGAUGAACAACAAUGAUUCUAUAUCUUAUUCAGAAGUUAAUGUCCAUUCAGGUGAAGAUAUUCCCACAACCCUCAAUGAACUAGAAAAUUUUUAUUGCAAUUUAUAUAUAGUUGGACAAGGGAAUCGUAGGAACAAUCGUGUCUUUUUAAAUUUAUUGGACUGGUGUGAUUGUCCAGAACUUGGAGUUUUAGGGGACAUUUUGGCAUCAGAUAAUUUUGUUUCGAGAUCAUCUGUGCUAGUUGUGCAACAAUAUGGGUAUGGGGGAAUGGUUUUGGAAAAGCAACCCAACCAUGUGACCACCAAUAACGAUGGUUUUGAGUGGUUGUAG